AUGAACUGUUGUGUGCCAAGCCUUUCAGCAGUAUUCCAAGGUCCUGAUCUAUUUGUGGCUCUCCAGGCUACUGGAUCCUUCAAACCCGCUGCCUACUCCGACAGCUCCCCGUUCAAAACAGCGCCCUCAACGAGGCAAAAUCUGAGGAGAAAAUCGGAAGAUAUCGGGGGACAACCUCCCCAGAAGAUUGUGAAGAAAAGCCGUGGUAAAUGGCGUGCCUGGGUAGUGACCGACGAGAACCCUGCGGCCGGCACCGAUGCGACAGUAUCCGUCACGGUGUACGGUGAGAAGGGCAAGUCUGAGGACAUCGUUCUGGGAUCAGGAGAAGGCAGGUUUGAAGCUGGCAAUGAAGAUGAGUUUAAUGUUCAAGUUGGCAACAUCGGUGAGAUCUACAAGAUUAGGAUUGGUCAUGAUAAUCAGACGGAGUUUGCUGGAUGGCUUUGCGAAGAGGUCCGUAUGCAAGAUACCCAUACAGGGGAGGAGAUUGUGUUUCCAUGCCAACGAUGGAUGUCACGUGAUGAGGAUGAUGGUGAGAUUUGCCGAGAGCUUCCUGUCAUGAGGGAUGAAGAACCUGUAUACCCAGUGGUUCUUUAUCAGGUAUCCGUGACGACGGGUAACUAUUGGAAUGCAUUAACUGAGGCGGAUGUUUACGUCACGCUGUAUGGAGAUAGAGGAGACACGGGACCGAGGUUACUGCUUCGAUCAAAACGAAAACAGAAGUUUGAAAAGGGAAAGACUGAUGUCUUUAGUUUGGAAGCCGUUUCCUUGGGAACUGUGAACAAGAUUGUGAUUGGCCACGACACAGCUGAACAAGGCAAAGGAUGGUUUCUUGACAAAGUGGUUGUCAAGGAAACGGACGGAGGUGGGCCAGAAGCAGUAUUCCCUUGCUACAGGUGGUUAGAUGCUGGUGAAGAUGACGGGAAUACUGUGAGAGAACUGUUUACAAACAACAAGCCUGUUAGCUUUGAAAAAGAAAUGUGGGACCAGGAGAAGUGGAAGUAUGAGACAGGAUGUCACGUGACCCUUGUGUCAAAAGUCAGCGGACGAGCUCUCCAAGUACUCUCAGACAACUCAGUGGAUGCGUGCGGCGAUCCAGAAUCACCCAAUAAAAAUGCAAUAUUCCUUGUUGAGAAAGUGAGAGGCAACGUUCGCAUCUUCCGGACCCUCGCAAAGCCGGAGCUCUACCUCUCUCUUGAUAACAACAAGGCCAGCGGGGUCAAGAAAUCAGGCUUACCAUGCGAGUUCAAACUCAAGGUCCAAGCUGACCGCUCUGUGGCCGUCGAGUCGGUCAAGUCACCCAAUCAGAUGCUGACCUUUGUACAGAGUGGACGACCCCAUGACCCCCGAGGUGCCGGCCUAGGACCUCAGAAGCUGUUCUUUUGCUAUGUCAAGGGAACAUUCAGUGACAACGGGCUGUUAGUCUUCUACACCUCCCGCACGCAGACCCUUAGCGUGGAUGGCGAGGAUGGCCUCAUUGCUACCGGGCAGAAGACAGAAAGUGCCUACUGGCGGAUCAGGAGAGUGCCUGGACAGAAGACUAGGAUGUUUGAGAGUCUGACCAAACCCGAUCAGUACCUUAGGAUAAAAGAUGGGAAAUGCAAUGUAACGGGGAUUGGAGACGAGUCUUGCCAUUUUUUGAUCAACAAGUUCAAGGAGAAGGGGUACAUCACCCUUCAAUCCAACACAUUACGUAACCUAAGUAUCGGAUUCCUACCGGACGGCUCAGUCAGACCAACGAUAGAUAGUGGAGAGCCCAAUGUGAGGCUGUAUCCGGAGGUUAUUGAAUUUGGGACCAAGAAGAAAUUGACCACACCCACCCCACCAACCACGCCUAAACCUACCAAAAUGGCUAAGAAACGUACAAUCAAGAAGAGGAAGAGUGAAGGAAAAAUUGAUAUUUCUUCCGUUGCCAAGGCAGCGAAGAAAGAAGAGAAAAAGCCGGCGAAGACCAAGGGGUCAAAUCUGAAGCAGGUGAAGGAGGCUGCCCCCGCUGCAGGAGCAGCAGCAGCUACCAUAGCAGAAAAGGAGAAAACACAAUAUGAGGAUGGAGAAUGGAAGUGCCUUGUAAAGACUGGAAGCUUGUCUACUAAAGCUAAUGUCAUCCUAGUUGUAUAUGGACAAAAUAAGGUAUCAGAACCCUUCACUCUUGGUAAAGGAGGGCCCACACUAUUCAGCCCAGGCAGUGAAGACAAGUUCAAGGUCAACCUACAAGGUCUUGGUAAUAUCUACAAGAUCAGGAUAGGAUUAGACUCCUACAAGGCCUCCUGGAGAUUAGACACGGUGAGUUUGAUCGAGCCAUCCAGCGGUGACAAACACGUCUGUAAGUUUAAGAAUCGUUGGCUGUCACUGAAGGAAGAUGAUGGCGAUCUUUGGAGAGAACAUGCCAUAGCUUUACCUGGGAAGAAACCUCUACCUAUGAUGCAGUACUUUGUUAUGGUUGCCACGGGAACGGAGCCCAACUCGGCGACAGAUGCAAACGUCUACAUCAACAUCUUUGGGGAGAAGGGUGACACCGGCAAGAGGCUUCUUCAUAGAUCUAAUAAUGAUGAUACAUUUUUGGAAGGACAGGUUGACUGUUAUCAGUUGGAGGCCGUAUCAGUCAAGAAACCUACCAAGGUUGUGAUUGGUCAUGAUGGGGAUAGCCCCGGAGAGGGAUGGUAUCUCCAACAGGUCACCAUCAAAGACAAAAAAGACUCCAAGACAGAAUACAUCUUCAAAUGUGACAGAUGGCUUGAUGCAGGACAGGAUGACAAUGAGAUUGAGAGAGAACUGGCUCUCACGGAAACAAGGACGAUAAAACCACAUGAUUGGGAGAUAUUCAUUGUGACGGGCUCUAUGACAGAGGCCGCUCUGCCCUCACCGGCGACACUGGUGGUCUACGGAGACAAGAAUAAGACGGAGGUUGUCCUGGAACCCCCUCAUGGGGAAGGUUUCCAACCAGGCAGUGCUGAGACAUUCAGGGUCAAUUUUGGCGAUAUUGGUAGACUUGUCAAGGUCCGGCUUGGUCACGAGGACAACGAGUCCAGCUGGUACGUGAAGACAAUGAGGAUGGUUGAUCUGAACACCAACGAGGGGCAAGAUUACGAGGUUGACCGUUGGAUGUCCAGGAGCAAUGAUGACCGGGAUGUCUGGAGGGAAUUGGCUGCAGUCUGGCCCGGUCAAAGAACUGCACCUGUUGCAAGAUAUUAUGUCCAAGUAUUCACCUCGGCUGAACCUGAGGCCUCCACCAAUGCCAGCAUCUAUGUCAACCUGAUUGGAAAGAACCACGACUCUGGCAAACGAUACCUGGUCCGUCCCAAGACCAACAACGAAACACCCUUCCAGUCCGGUCAGAUGGACGGUUAUGAGGUCGAAGCUGUCUUCCUGGGCAAGGUGUCAAAGGUGAUUGUUGGGCAUGAUGGGAAGGAGGAAGGUCAGGGUUGGUGCCUGGAGAAGAUCGUUGUCAAGGAGUCUAGGACGGCCAAGAAUGAAGCCAUAUUCCCGUGUGAAAAAUGGCUUGAUACUGGUAAGGACGAUGGUAAAACAGAAAGAACUCUGGUUCUUGGCAAGCCUUCAGCAGCCCCGAACACAGUCACAUCGGCCUCUGCAUCCCCUACCACUGACAUCAUCACCUUAAAAUGGAAGGCUCCCUCUACGCCAGUGACCUCUUACAUUGUGACCUGUGACCCACCUGACCCCAAGGAGUCAAAGGUCACCCUGAAUGACCCCAAGGCGACAGAGGUUGUAUUUGGUGACCUGACCCCAGGAAAGGAGUACAUGUUUGGUAUCGUGGCGGUUAAUAAGAAGAAAGAAGGGGAGAAAGUUACGGUUAAGGCUACCACGAAACCGAACAAGGUGCUGGAUGCAACUAUUGAGAGUGCGAUGACCUCCUUAAAGGUCAUGUGGAAAUCACCUGAAGGUCAACUGACCGGUUACCAUGUCAAGGUAUCUCCCUCGGACGCCAAGAAGUCUUCACUCAAGAUCAAAGAUGUUGCCAUCACAACGGCCGAAUUUGAAGGCCUGAUGCCUAAUAAGGAAUACAAGGUUCAGAUUGUCACGGUUGCCGGGGAAACCGAGAGCGAGAAGGUCACUCUCGAAGGAAAGACUGCAAUGCCCGAGCUGAUUGUCCUUCCCGUCAUUGACCACUCCACCUCCUCUGGAACAGAUCACCUUGAGGUUUCCUGGAAGAAACCUGAUGGGGACAUUACUGGCUACAGGGCUGUACUACAACCACCGGAAGGUGACAACCCUGAGGUUAAAUUGGACGGGGAUGAUAAGACGAGCGUCAGAUUCACAGGAUUAGCACCAGGCAGAGAAUACCAUGUGGAGGUCUUUACUCUUCAUGAGGAUAAAGAGAGCGAGAAGGUCACCAUUGUAGGAAGAACAGAAAGUGGCAAGGUCCACAAGGUUCGCAAGGCGUCCGUUUCCCCCACUUCAUCGUCGGCGACCGUUUCGUGGAAAAAACCAGAGGGGGACGUCGGUGGCUAUCGUGUCAUUUGCGUACCCAAAGAAACUGAGAAAGAUGGAAAGAAAGAAGAGGUUAAAAUUGAUGAUGCUGGUGUGACCGAAACCAUGUUUACCGGGCUAAGUCCGAGCACGGAAUACGUUUGCAAGAUUUAUACGAUAUCCGCGCAAGGGACGGAAAGCAGUAGCGUGAAAGUGGAAGUGAAGACAGAUGAGGAAAAAGAGGAGGGGGAAAUCCCCGUUGUCAGUGAUGUCACAGCCACGCCCACCACCAACUCAAUCACUGUCUCAUGGAAGGCUCCAGAGGGAGACAUCACAGGAUACAAAGUUUCUUGCACCCUGAAGAGUAAACCUGAAGAUGUUGUUUCUGAGGUUUCUACUGAUGAUAGUUCUACAACCACUGCAUUGCUUGAGGGUCUGGAUGAAGGCAAGGUGUAUGUGAUCAAUGUGGUUUCCUUGAAGGACGAGGAGAUGAGUAAACCUGCUACAAUCACCGCUGAAACAAAAAAGCUGAAGAUCCACAAAGUUCAAAAUGCAGAGAUAUCCCAGACCGGUACCACUUCUCUCUCUAUCUCUUGGGAGAAACCCAAGGGGGAUGUGACUGGAUAUUUGGUCACUUGUCAAACCACAGCUGCAGCUGCUGCUGCUACUCCAAGAGAUAAGACUUCCAAGGACAAAAAGAAGAAGGAGAAGAAGAAGAAAGAUGAGGAGAAGAAAGAUGAAGAGGAAAAAAAUGAAGAAGAGGAAGAAGAGAAGGUGAAGGAGGAGGAUGCAAAGGAGCAAGAAGAGAUGGAGAGAGAGAUACAGAUUGAAAAUCCUGAGGAGACGAGAGCAUUGUUUGAAGAUCUGAAGUCUGAUGAAGAGUAUGUCAUCAAGAUCUAUACUUUGGUUGGAGAAAAGAAGAGUGAUCGUGUCAAGAUCAUUGCAAAGACUGAACCUGAAGUGGAUUACUCUGAAGAUAUCGCCCAACUCCUGGAGGCCAGUGAGCUCCUGGAUGCCUCCCCUAGACCGGAAGAGGCUCCUCCGCCUGAAGAGGGUGUGGUUCCGCCAGUCAGGGACCUGAAGGCCACGCCCUCCUUGGACUACAUCACGGUAACAUGGAAGAAACCUAGUGAGGAUGGUGUUACAGGGUAUCACCUGACAUGUGCAUUGAAGAGUGAUCCAGAAAAGGUCAUCAAGGAGAUAACACUGGAUAAGCCUGAGACUGAGAAAGCCUCUAUUGAUGAUCUGGAGGAAAGUACAACUUACAUCAUCAAUAUCGUGACGGUAACAGAAGAUUCUAAAAGUGAGCCUGUCAUAGUAGAAACAGAAACAAAAACCCUGAAGAUUCAUCGGGUUCAAAAUGCUGUGAUAUCAGAGACUGGCUCCACAUCUCUGACUCUCACAUGGGAGAAACCAAAAGGACCUGUUACUGGAUAUCUGGUCAACUGUCAAACUUCAGCUGCUGCAGCAACCCCCAGAGAUAAGAAAGCAUCCAAUGACAAAAAGAAGGAGAAGAAUGGGGAUGAUGGGAAGGUAGAAAAGGAAAAUAAAGAGGAGGAGAACUCGGAGCAGGAGAAAGAAAGGAAGAUAGAGGAUCCUGAAGAGUUGAAAGCAGUUAUUGAAGGUUUGAGAGCUGAUGAGGAUUACGUGAUCAAGAUAUAUACCCUGGUUGGAGAGAAGAAGAGCGAAAGGGUGAAGGUGACAGGAAAGACAGACAAGAUGCCUGUAGAAAAUACUGACUCCAUCACCGCAACAUCAGACAAGGCCCCUGUAGAAAAUACUGACCCCAUCACCAUAGCAACGGAAUGGGUUAAAUCAUCAUCCCUCAAAGCUACAUGGACAAAGUCAGCGAGGGCAGCAGUCACUGGCUACAAGGUUACAUGUCAACUGAAAGAUGGCGGUGACCCAACAUCACUGAAAGAGGUCAAGAUCGAUGACCCUGAUGUGACCUCUGUGACCUUUGAUGACCUCCAAGAGAAGGUCAUAUAUCUAGUGGAAGCUGUUGUCGUGGAUGGGGAGGAGGAAAUUGACAAAGCCUCAACUGAGGCUGCACCAAAAAAAGCCACAAAAUUGCCACCUGUUUCGAACGCCAAACUCGAGGCAGGCCCGGGGGCUCUCAACGUGACCUGGAAGCAACCUGAUGGAGAGGUCAAAGGUUAUCUUGUUACCUGUUCACCGGAGAAGGAAGAUAAGAAGAAGAAGAAAGGAAAGGGGGAUGAUAAGAAGGAUUCUGAAAAGGAGAAAAAGAAGAAGGACAAGAAGGAGAGUUUGGAGGAUAGGACAAAUGAUGAGGAGGAGGCUGAAGAUGGAAAGACAGAAGAGGUGAAGAAGGAGGAUGAGGAAGAGAGCAACAAGGAGAAGGAAAAUGAUGGAGAGAAGGAAGAAAAAGAAGGAAAAGAAGAAGGUGUAGAGGACGAAAAGGAAAAGGAUAAAACAACUCUGGAUGAGGAUGGUGGUAAGGAAGAAGAAAAGAAGAAGAAAAAGGACAAAACAACUCUUGGUGAUGAUAAGAAAGAUGAAAAGGAAAAGAAGAAGGAAAAGACUGCUGUUGAUGGAAAUAAAAAGAAGGAGAAAACAUCAGUGCAUGGUGGAGGAAAUAAGAGCACCAAAGAGGAGAAGAAAGAAAUUAGACUUGAUGAUCCAGCUGUUACAGAGGCUGUGUUCAAUGGUUUGGAGACUGAAACUGUGUAUGUGAUUAAAAUCUACAGUCUGGAUGGAGAGACUAAGAGUGAUUCAGUCAAGCUGACUGGUAAACCUGCACCUGUGGCCUCCACUGAAGAAGCCAAGUUACUGCCAGUAAAACAUGCUGUGAUCGAGGCAACAACAUCAACAUCCAUCUCAUUGUCAUGGAAACAACCCAAAUGUGACUUGACUGGAUACCUAGUGACCUGUACAUUGGAUGACAAGAAGGAUGGAGAGAAGAGUAAAGAGAAGAAGGACAAGAAAGAGAAAUCAAAGGAUAAGGAUAAAAAGAAGAGGAAGGAAAGUGAAGCGAAAGAAGAUGAAUCUGAAAAGGAGGGAGAUGAUAAAGAAGAGAUAAAUGGAAAGAAGGAAAAGAAGAAGAAAAAGAAAGAAAAGACAAUUGUUGGGGAGAAGGAGGAUAGAGAAAAGGAGGAUAAUCAGAAGGAAAUUACCCUGACUGGGGUUGAAGAAGAAGACAGUACAAAGGAUGGAAAGAAAGAAGGACCGGCAGAAGAUGAAGCAAAAGAGGAGGAUAAGGAGAAUGAUAUUGAUGCUGGGAAGAAAGAAAAGAAAAAGAAGAAAAAGGAGAAGACUACUUUUGAUGAUGGUGGUGAUCAAGAUGAGGAGAAGAAAAAGGAAAAGGAACCUGUUGAAGAUGAUAAAGAAGAAGGAGAAAAGAGUGAAGAAAAUAAGAAGAAGGAAAAGACAACUGUCGGUGAAGAUGGAAAGAAGGAGAAAAAGAAAAAAGAAAAGACAACUGUAAAUGAUAAUGAAGAUGACGAAAAGAAGGAAAAGAAGAAGAAGAAGGAAAAGACUUCUCUUGCCAAAGGCGAGAAGAAUAAACAUGAAGAUAAAGAGGAGAAGAGCUCCAAGAAGGAUAAGAAGAACAAAUCAAAAGAUGAAAAAGAAAUAGAAGACAUCCAGAUUGAUGACCCGAAGGUCACGAAAGCUACAUUCAACAACUUGCAGCCAAGCAAGACCUACAUUCUGAAAAUAUUUACGGUCAAUGGAGACAAGAAAAGUGAACGAGUUAAAAUUACUGGAAAAACAGUCAAGGAGGAGAAGAAAGCUCCCACAAAGCAAAUGGACGAGGAUGAAGCAGCGAGAACGAUCCAGAAGAACUUUAAAAAGUUUAAAUCAAAGAAGAAGAAGAAAACACCAGAUUCGGAGAGCAAUCAGGUCAAAGAUCCCAAGGCGGAAUCGACCCUUGACACCAUCCAGCUGACCUGGGUCAAACCUGAUGGAGAGGUCACAGGUUACAGGGUCGUUUGCCAGCCCACGGGAGGUGAAAGGUUGGAGGUGAAGCUAGACGGAGGAGACGAUACAUCUCACGAGUUGACCGGCCUAGUGGCAGGGAGAGAGCAUGAGAUGGAGAUAUACACCGUGAACGGGGAAAAGGAGUCUGAGAAAGUCACCAUCAAGAAGUUCACAGUGCCACAUCCCACAGUGGAGCCAAAGAUUGAAGAAUCCAGCUCUAACAAACUCAGAGUUUGCUGGUCCCCACCCUCAGAAGGUGAACACACUGGUUACAGGGUGGAGUGGAAGCCUCAGAAGGGGAGCAGCGAAGAGAAGAAGGAUGAAGAGAAAGAAGAAGAAGAGAUCGAUAUAGAUUUGGAUGAUCCCGAAACUGAAAAGGCUGCUCUGAAAAUACAGAAGCAGUUUAAGAAGUUUAAGUUCAAAAAGGGACCAGCGAAAACAGCAGACCCCAAGAACAAAAAGGAUGAGAAAAAGAAGAAGGAGGAUGAGAAAAAGAAUGAAGAUGAAGGAUCGAAGGAGGUUGGAGCUGAUGUGACAAGCCUUGAAGUGACUGGUCUAAAGACUAGCCAUCCCUAUGACAUCACCGUAUUUGCCUUAGCCGGACAAGAAUGCAGCGAGCCUGCUAAAAUAGAAGCAGCAACAACUCCCUCAAAGCAAAUGGACGAAGAUGAAGCAGCAAGAACGAUCCAGAAGAACUUUAAGAAGUUUAAAUCAAAGAAGAAGAAAACACCAGCACCUUGCCAAGUUAUAGACCCAGAGAUCGUGCCUACCCAUGAUGCCAUCUCGCUGACAUGGCAGCACCCUGAUGGGCCCAGGACAGGCUACAGGGUCAGACUGAUCAAGGUGGUCGAUGAUGUCGAAGAUGAUGCCAAAGAUGAUGUUGAAGAUGAUGCCAAAGAUAAUGUCGAUAAUGAGAAGAAGGGCGAUGACCAGGCUGAUCCUCCUGCUGAUAAGGAGGGUGAUGACCCAACCCCUGCUGAGAAGGACAAUGAUAAUCAUUCUAAGGUGGUCGAUGAUGUCAGUGAUGAGAAGGAGAUCGAUGACUAUUCUCAUCCGCCACCACCUUCUGCCUCCAAAGAAGUGGACAACCCUCCUGCUGUGAAAGACAAUGAUAAACCAUCUCCCAAAGAGGAGGAUCCUAUCCCCACUCCAGCUGAGGAGAUCAACGAUGUCAACAGCGAUAAGGUGAACAGUGAUGAUGAGAAGGACAAUGAUGAUGAUGCUCAUGCUUCUGAUGAAAAGGCUGUGGCUGAGCCAGAAGUAAGAGAGAUGGAGGCAGAGGUGACUGGUGUUACUUUCUCUGGGUUGGAGUCUGGGGUAGAGUACAUUGCCACCAUUGUGACACUGGAUGGAGAGAGGGAGAGUGAAGGGGUUACCAUUCAAGGAAAAACAACCGUCUUGGAUUACCCCAAACCUCCAGAGAAUCUAAGCACCGAUUGCUCCAUCAAAUCAAUCACCGUUUCAUGGACCAUGCCAGAAGGUGUGGUCACAGGAUACAAAAUCACAUGCAAACCACAUGGGCAGUCACCUGACCAUGCUGAUGGAGCAUCAGGUGACAAAGAACUGUCAGGUGAUCUCAAGGCUGACAGUGAGACCGGGGAGCAGGAGGAGGCAGAGAAAGGGGACACAAGAGAGAAGGGAGAAGAUGGCGAUCAUGCAGGGGAGUUGGGACAAAAGUCAGGUGAUGAGGCGCAGAAGUCAGAUGACCAAGAGAAGUCAGGUGACACUGUGGAGAAGUCAGGUGACCCAGUAGAGAAGUCAGGUGAUGCCCAGGCCGACAACAAAGCCAUUGAAGAAGCUCAAGAAGGGGAUACUAAAGAGAAGUCAGACGAUAACGAGAAGGCAGAAACGGUCGAUCAGGUAAAAGACAAAGACAGUGAUGACAAACCUGCCAAAGAUGGUCAAGAAGACGAGGAUGCCACCAAUGAGAAAGAAAAGACGGAUAUUCCUGAGAAAGACUCCAAAGAAGAGGAGAACAAGGAUGGCAAAGAACCAGCUAAUGGGUCACAUGAUCAAAGAACAGAAUCGGGUGAUGUUGAUGACAAAGAUGGAACAGCAAGUGGGAAAGACAAUGUGGAAGCCAACCAAGAUUCUUUUGCUGAUUCCAAUGACAGUGGUCAGUUGGGAGAUGGGUCAGGUGAAGGAUCACAUGAUGGAUCACAUGACCAGGUCAGUGGUGACGAAGGUUACAGGUCGGGAUCAGAAGAGGAAGAGGUCAGGAUAGUGGAUGCUGACAAGACAAGCUUGACCAUCUCUGGUCUCAGGGCAAUGACCACUUACACCAUCAGCGUCACCACACUCAACGGUCAGCUAGAGAGCGAGCCGGCCACGUCGAAGGCACAGACAUUGGAACCGGAGAGGCCACAACCCGUGGUGGAAGGCAAGCUUGACUGUGAAGCGACGACCAUCGUUGUCACCUGGAAGAAACCUAGGGAAGGAGAGAUGACCGGAUACAGGGUGACGUGUCUUACAAAGGAAGAGAUCGAACAGGAGAAGGAGAGUCGAGAGAAGGAAGAAACUGACCAAACAGGAGAAGAGAUACAGAACAAGGUUGACCUUGGGGUCACCAAGGAGGUCAGAGCGGAUGUCUUCACCGCAAAGUUCUUUGACCUUGACCCAGACAUGGAACAUACAGUCCGGAUCUGGACAUUACUUGAUGGUUUAACGAGUGAUGUGGUUGAACUGAUAGACAAGACUAAGCCUGACAUUAAAGAAACCGAGGGUGAAUGGACAGUAACUGUUGUUACUGAUGAGGACUCUAAGCCUUCCCACAAUGCCUUGGUGGAAAUGAUGGUUUAUGGGAAGGAUGGAAAGUCUGAUCCUCUCGUACUCAACAAAGAGAGGAAGGAAGAUGGUUGCUUUGAGCCUGGCAAGACCGAAAGCUUUGAUAUCCAAGUUGGAUAUAUUGGAAAUAUCAGUAAGAUUCGUAUUGGAUACCAUGAUGAUGCAUCAUGGGAAGGUUGGCAUCUGAAAGAGGUUCACAUGGAGGACAAACACACCAAAGAGAAACUGGACUUUGCGUUUGACCGUUGGAUGGCAAGGGGUGAAGAUGACCAAGACAUCUUCAGGGAGCUACCAGCGAAAAGAGAAAACCAAGAAUCUCUACCAGUUGAGGUAUACUACGUCACUGUCCACACCGGUGACCGAUGGGCGUCGUACACCGAUGCCCCUCUAUGGGUGAUCUUGCAUGGAGAGAACGGAGAUACCGGUAAAAGAAUCCUUUACCACUCCCUAAACGCAGAGGACAAGUUCCUUCAAAGUCAGGUGGAUACUUUCAAAGUAGAAGCAGUAUCAUUAGGUGAGAUCACUAUGAUAGAGAUCGGCCAUGAUGUCAAGGGCUAUGGUGCUGGAAUAUACCUUGAUCAUGUGACCGUGAAGGAAGGUGAAGAAGCAGAGAGUGAAUAUCUGUUCCCUGUUCAUAACUGGCUGGAUGAUCACAUUGGGGACAAGAAGCUACAUAGACAACUCAAACCUAUAGGCAAACAAUCAACCAAAGAAAGUGAUAAGACACAGGAGAAUUCCAAGCCUGAAUCACAGGGUAACUGGACUGUGUUGAUGAAGGUCAGUGAAGACUCUCCGGCCUCGUUCAAAGCCAAUCUGUACCUGACUGUGUAUGAUGGCAUCACCGCAUCAAGACCGCACCAGAUCGCGCUGGAUGACGAAUUCGCUCCAGGAAAAGAAAUUGAAAGCUCGAUGAAGACUGAGCAAAUCAAGAGCAUAUCUAAGAUAAGACUGGAGCAUGAUAAUUCAGGAAGAGGACAGCUUAUUUUCGUAAAUACAAUCCGGUUGGUUGACAAAGACACUGGGGAAGAGCUAACAUACAGGUUGGACUGUAAGCUAGGAGAAGAUGAGAAGACUGGUGCAUCAUCACUGACUAAGGAGGUUCCUACAUUGAAAGAUGGUCAACAACCAUUACCAGUUGUUGAAUACGAGGUGAAGACGAAGACCAUAGAUGAGGCUGGAUCCUGGAGCAACGCCAACGUCUACAUCAAGCUGGUCGGGGAUGCAGGGGAUACCGGUGUGAGGCACCUCUGGAAGCCUGACCUAGAGAAUGCCUUCCAACAAGGACAGGAGGAUACCUUCAUCAUAGAAGCAGUAGACAUCGGCAUCCUCCAGAGGGUUCUCCUCUCUCUGGAGUCUGACGAACAAGACGACGCCUGGCUUCCAGAAUCUAUCACGGUUUCUGCAACCAACUCGCCCCAGAAGUACGAGCUUCCAUGCAACUCUUGGAUAGGGAUGACUACGGAUGCCAGUCAGGAGCGAGAGCUUGUGGUAGAUGCUGAUCAGACACCAGCUGCAAAUAAUGAAGGAGAAUCGGGAUCCAAAGGUUCAUGGACACUCUGGCUCACCCCCGGACCCGACGAUGGAAUGGGCUGCAAUUCACUUCUCUCAAUGAUGGCCUAUGGGAGUCAAGGAUCCAGCAGGACUGUUCCACUUGAGAAUGGGGAAGAUGUUGGGUCGAGUAAAGAAGAGGAAGGAGGGGAGAAGCUGAUGUACCCACCAGGAGUUACCAAGAAAUUUGAUAUUAAUUUGGGUGAAAUUGGAAGCAUAUACAAGAUACGACUCUCUUUGGAUGAGAAGGACACAACUCAACCUCAGAUGUACCUCAGGAAGAUUAAAAUGAAAGAUAGGGACACAAACCAGGAAUUCCACUUCUUUGUCGACCGAUGGCUGAAACAGGCGCCCAACGUUGAGAAGGAGAAAAAGGAAGAAGAGAACAAGAAGAAGGAAGGAGAAGAAGACAAGAAGAUGGAAUCUUUGAUCCUUGAACUACCAGCUAUCCGACCCGACAUAGCACCAGAACCAGUUGUUAAAUACCAGAUUGAUGUACGGACCGGAGAGGAAGAGAAUAGUGAAACAUCUAGCCAAGCUUAUGUGAAACUCAUUGGUAGCCAUGGCGAUACAGGAAAACGACUGCUCAUCUGGGAGGAGGAUAAGAAGACCUUCGAGAAAGAAGCUCGAGCUACAUUCAACAUAGAAGCUGUUUCUAUUGGAGAAAUAACCCAGUGCAUUUUGGGUCAUGAUGGCGAGGAAUCAGAAUCAGGAUGGUAUGUGGAGAAUGUGACAGUGACAGAGAAGAAUUCUGAUGUGGACGAUCAACCGGAGGAUAAAGCCUGGUCAUUUACUUGCCAAAGGUGGUUAGCAGUUGAUAAGGAGGAUAAACAGACGGAAGUUACCCUUGAUGUAGACCCGCCCCCUCUAGCCCCUCCCCCUGGUGAGGACACUCCCCCUGACAGCAAUGCACCUCCCGAUGAGAAGGAGGAGCUUGCGGAGGACACAACCAAACCCAAUGAGGAAGACAAGCCAGAAGAUGAGGAUGGACCGAAAGAAGAAAAACCAGAGGAAGAGAAGAAGGAUGAUGAUGAUGAUGGUGGUAAAAAGGAAGAAUAGACUGUAUCAUGUUGCCAUGGUAACAGGCAUGCUGUACAUCAAGCUGUUUUGAGAGAAAUUAGAUCAUUUAAAGAAUUUAAAUAGUUGUGAGUGCACCAUCAUUGUUGGUGUGAUGUUGGACCUGGGCCCUGUUGCAUAAAAUAUAUUUUGAUAGUAACUUUGCAUUUCAGUUGUAAUUACCAUGGUAACAAUGAUAAGCAGCCAAUCAACAUCAAGGAUUCCUUACAAGUUACUAUUAAAUGGCAAAGAAAUGAUAACUUAACUUUCCUGCUGCAGGGCUUUGGUCGUGGAGGAGGAAUGUAAUAUAACAGUUUUAAAAAAAUCAUUGCUAAAUGAUCAGAUAUUGUUAGUAACUGUUUCUCUUUGGUUUUGGUAUUCAGGAUUGAUUUUUGGGCUCAAGUUGAUCACAUUUUGUGAGUCCCUCCUCUGAUCUGGAUAACCAAGGUUCUGUAUGGUUAUUUGAUACAUACAUAUUUAUUGAGUACAUGUAUAUAGAAUAAAAAUUAUGAAGCCUACAUGUAGUUCAUAAGAAACACCACUUGCCUAUUAUAAACAUUCAAUUAUCACAUUGCUAAAGAAAUAUGUGAUCCAUUGAAUAGUCUAAUGCUUUGCUUUGGUGUUUUUAAUAUGCGUGAUGAUUAUCGCCACAGGUAAGUUGGUGUUUUGUGCAAUAUGUACAUACACUAAAUGGUAUAAGAAUAUUUUGAUAACGACGCGUAUUGUCCAAUAUGGAGUCAUACAUGUAUGAGCCCUGUACAAAACGUAGGGGAAUGAUUGCAUUCAGCAAUCAAUCUGUUAAGCAUUGUUCAUCACAAAACAUGAUUUUUUUAAAUGUGUCCACAUACAUGUACAUGUACCUAUGUUGCAAUGUUUUAUAUAUACUUAUGUACAUGUAAUAUGUGCCUAAUGGUUGAUGAGAAAUGAUAAGUUUAGUGUGUAGAAUCAUUUAUACAUCUUGAUCUACUUUGGUGUUAGACGCAAAGGUUUUCAAACCAUGCCUUUAAGACAAUCGUGAUGAAACGCCUCGACAAUUCACCUGUACAUAUAUAUACUUAUUGUUUAUGUUUGCAUGAUUGUGAAUGUUUUUCACAUGAUCACACAUUUUGAUUUUGUAGAUUAUUCAUUGCAUCAUUAACCAAAGGCAAUCAUUCAUGUAUUUACAUAUUCAAAGAUUUGAAUGACAUUGUAGAUUUGUAUAGAAAAAAAGAGAGAUAUAUAUUUUAGAUGUGUUGUUAUUUUUGUUUGAAGUGAUAUUUUAUCUAGAGAUAGCAGUCAUGUAUUUGAUGUACACUGUAAAUGUAAAUUGCAAACAAAUAUUUAUUUCAUUAUUAUCUGAUAUUCACAAUGAACAAAAGGGGAAAUCCCCAAUUAUGAACACAGGGAAAGCCCCUUAAUGAACAUAGGUAAAUCCCCUUAAUGAACAAGGAUCAAUAACAUUUUUUUUUAGAGACUCCCAAGUGAGAAAUUAUGAGACUGAUAACCGUACAUUUCAUUUUUUUUAAAAUUCACAUUGCCAAUGCAGUAAGGUUAACAAUAAAGUGCUGCUUUAUGUUAUGUAUAUGCAGGUACGAGAUGUGUAGAAAAAAAAGUGAUCUUAAAUCGACUUGUGUACUAAGUAAAAAAGUUCAUGGAUGUGGCCAUACAUGUACAGUUAAUGACUACAAGUAUUUACAUUAACAUGUCUUUAAUAUGUAAAGUACAACGCAAAAACAUGUUGCCAGGUCUGUCGAACCUGCAACUGUUAUGUUGCGAAUAAAUGAGUAUAUUAACAAAAAAUUUCCUUCAGAUGUGAAUAUGGUGCAUGUACUUAAAUGAACUCUUACAUGUUUUAUUCUAUCCAUGAUUUCUUUUACAUGUAUCUUGUAUAUGGUGUGUAGAAAGAAAAAAAAAGUAUUCGUAAAUAUAUAAAAUGUAGUUGUGUUAUUGAAACAAUGCAUCACAAAUUUGUCUUGGAAGAUAUGCACUUUAGCCAACAGUGCCCAUGUAUCUGGAAUCCAGAUGUCAAUAAUGUCAUAAUCCUACAAGGGUUGCAUUAAAAUCCAUUUCAAAACACCUUUUCAAUUGUUUACAUUAUAAUUGUUUAAAAACCCUUUUUAUUAUCAAUUCGCAAGUUAAUUUAAUUGAAAACGGAUUUGCAAAUGUGUUUUUUUAACUCAUGUAGGAUUAUGAUGUCAUUGGCAUCUUGAUAAGUAUGUAUAUAUGAACCACGCUCUGUUUCAUCCUAAUAAAUAAAACUAAACUGUCAGUCCACACUUCUAUGUACAGCUACGUUUUAUCUACCUACAUGUAAUACU